AUGUUACGGCAAGCUAUAGGAAUGAGGAAAAUAGACGUGGCCGUGUUAAGCGAGCCAAAUAAAAAAAUUGCUACGAGAAACAAAUGGCAGACAGAUGAUAACUUGGACUUGGCGAUACAAGUGAUAAAUAACUCUGGGCAUUCCCAAUACAGCGGCAAAGGCAUCGGCUUUGUCUGGAUAAACUACUUGGACAUAGUUAUAUAUAGUUGUUAUAUAUUCCCAAAUGAGGGCGAAGAAACUUAUCUUCGUUUCCUACACCACUUGAAACUAAGUAUCCGUAACCAAAGGAAUCAAUGUCUUAUAUGUGGAGACUUUAAUGCCAAGUCGGUGAUGUGGGGCUCACCCAUAAACGACCACAAAGGGGAUAUCCUCUCGGAAUGGUGCUCUGAACUGGACCUGGUCAUGUUAAACAGAGGCACCAUGCCAACAUUCAAAAAGGGCACCAGCGAGUCCUUUAUUGAUGUCUCAUUCGCAACGAGUAGACUAGCAACCAGAAUCCUAAGCUGGGAGGUAUCGGAUGAAGAAAAUCUGUCUGACCAUAACUUUAUUUUCCUGGACAUAAAAGAAGAUAGUGUAAGCGAGACGAACUCAUCUGAACAAAAACCGAAACAACUAGGAUGGAGUGUAGAUCACACAAAAAUUGAGGAAUUCCUAAUAACUCUGGAGAAAAGAUUAUUAUCUGUAAAAAGUACCAAAGAUAUGACACCAAAAGCAUGGUCCGAAAUUAUCACUGGCGCAUGCAACAGUAUCUUUAUGAGAAAAAAAAAACUGGGAGCUAACAAGAAACCUGUCUACUGGUGGAAAUCACAGACAGCCAAACUUAGAAAGGAAUGUCUGCUUAAAAAGCGUACCAUCGAGAAACCCGCGCAAGCCUGA